GUCAGAUUUUGAGUGGGUACUCGAAAGUUGCUGGUUUUGCGGUUGUGUUGGCUUGUCAUUUGAAUAUUCUAAUUCCCUGUCAUAUGCUCAUUACUUAUCCCACAUAUUUGGUAAAUAUUUGUCAACAUUAAUACAGUAUUCAAUCCAAAUACAUGUUCAAUGGAUUCGAGAUUGAAAUUAAUAGAUGAUAAAGAGAAUAACGAUGAGCUGUCACUAUACGUUGAGCAAGCGAUUCGUAGCAGUUCAAUAAUGUCCAAAGCUCCAAUUGUACAAUUUACAAAUAAAGCUUAUAGUCUAGCACCAUUUACUGGUGUUUACUAUUAUAAAGUUUGGGUGUCUGAAGAACCAUCAAACAGAUCACGCCAUCAACCUUAUAAAGUUGUCACAACAAAUUCGAUUCAGAAAGUUUAUGUCACCACUAUGCGUGUAUGGCCCAUUACGUUUUCUUUCAGACCACCAGUAACACCUAUGGAUUUCUGGAUUCGAAUAACACCACUGUUUUCGUAUGGGGAAAAGUGUGGAGAGGUCGUCCAAAGAUGCAAAAAACAUGAGACGCAGUCGUCAUUUAGUAGCUACAUGUUGAGGGGAAAAUCGUUUGUCGAAGUUCUGGGAGGGAGUUCGGAGUAUGUGUUAGGUAGCACUCUUUUGAACUGCCCACGUGAUCAAAUCACUGUUUGUACACCUAUCGAUCUACUCCAACUUCUUCAUUCUAAAUCAGAGGCUCCACCCAAUACUUCUGAUUCAGAUAUUUCCUUAUUACCAGAAGUAAGAGGAGUUUUGUACUGUAGACUUAGCUGUUACAACAGUUGUUUUGGUUCAACAACUAGAAAUGAAGUUGAAUUGGUUAUAACUCUCGAGGCGAAGAACAGUGAAUCGGUGAAUCGAGAAAAUUUCGUAAUUCUUGGCCUUGCCAAAAUACGUGUUCGUUGUUGCUCUUGUCCGACACGAGACGCAAAGUCUGAUCACAAGCUUUUAGCCAAUACUUCAGGAUCGAGUUCUACUGGAAUAAGUUCUAGGAGAUUAUCGCUUAGUUUAUCUGAUCAUUCUAAUAUUCGAAUAAGUAGUGAAAGUUCAAAUACACGAAAUGGUUGUUCCAGUAAAAUACGAAGAGUUGAAAGUGAUGACUGUCAAGAGCCAUAUCCAUCUAUAAUUCUCAACGGCAUUAAAUAUUUCAUUACCAUGACUGAUGAUCCAGAAGUAAAGUUGGCAAAUACCAAACUGAGAGAUUUAUCAGCCUCUGUGUCUGAACGAUGGAGACAUUAUCGUUCUCGACGUCGUGAACUGAAACAUAUUAAAAAGUUUUAUCGAAAUUUGGAACGUCGUGUUAUUGAAUGUACCGUUAAAGAGUUAUCGAGAAAAGAAAAUGAUUGUAUUUCAUCUCAAGGAUCUCAAAAGAGCACAAGUUCAACUUCAUCUACAGCUGAUAAGUCUAUUGGUACGGAUAACUGAAUACAGAUACAAUGGUGAAUGGAAUUCAUUUAUACCUCAUCCGGUGAAACAUGACUUGCCAUAACUAUGACAAUCAGUAUUAUUUUCUUAUAGUAGUUCCUAUAAAACUUAUUUUGUUUAAGUGACUUUAUUUUAUUUUAAUGCUUCUUUUGGUCAUCUUUUUUAUUACUGAAAAUAGCAUUAUCAUGAUUAUCACAAAAUAAAUCACUAGAUUGGUGAAUUUCAUCUACACUUUUGUAAAGUAGUUUAUCAAUUUUCAAUCAAAUAAUGUGAUCUGUAUUAUCUUAUCUAGU